AGUCUACAACGUCCACGAUGGGGUGUAAAGUGGCCUUAGUGUUAUUGUUAAUUAGCUUAAUAAAUUUUAAUGUAUGUGCAAGGGAGGUUAGGAAUAGAGCGAUUAAUGAAACGUUUUUGGAAGAAGUGAUUGAUGCGGAAGAAUGUGACCGACAAAUAAGUGUUAUUAAAGCAAAUUCCAUGCUUCUAUUCCAGUUUUUGGAUGCUGGGGCUAGGAUUCCAAAAGGCAUAUUAACAGGCAAUAUGGUAGACCUGGGGAACUACCAUCAGUGUUUAGGGAUCGAUCUUCAACUGGAACAAAUGCACAUUCAAGGGAAAUAUUGUUCGAUCCUGGUUCCCUUUAGUCAGAACGUUACAUUACCACUUCCGAGCAAUUUGCCGUUCGAUCCAAGUGCUUUACGAAUUGAUGAAGAAACCGCUGCUCAGAUAGAAGAGUUUCAUAUGAGACGGAAAAAUAUGCGGAUGUUCAGUGGAGAUUUUGAUGAUUUUGAAGACGAUUUAAGUUACAGAUCGACUCAUCCACUAGCAAAUGCUGUUUUUCGACUUGGUGUGUGUAUUCCCAAGCCAUGCACAACAGAACAAGCUAUUACCUCAUUGAUCGUCAAUGUCACAGAAAUUGGGUUUCAAUAUACAGACAGCUAUUGUCGUCUACUUGGAGAUAAGCCAUUCGUACCAGCUGAUGUAGUAGCAAUAUCCAUUUUUGCAUGCCUUGGAUUUUUGACUCUGAUAAGUACGUCGUAUGAUCUCUUCUAUCGCUUCGUAUUUAAAAAAGAUGUUAAACAACAGAGUGUUUUGUGUCGUUCAUUCUCUGUAUACACGAAUGGAAAAAUAUUAUCAACAUUCAAUUCGAAUCCUGGUAACUUGAAGUGUCUUGAUGGAAUAAGAACCUUGGCCAUGAUAUGGGUCGUUCUUGGACACUGUUUCCAAACAGAAGUAUUCAUAGCAAAUCCAAUGGAUUCAAAUGUGUGGAUGUUAUCUGGCAAAGCAUUAUGGAUUACUAUGGCUCCGAUUACCGUGGAUACAUUCUUCACUUUGGGUGGCAUUCUCCUCGUCUAUACGUCUGCUGCGAAAAUGAAACAAGGAACCUUCCUAAGAAGUCUGCACUGGUUUUAUUUGAAUAGAUUCAUGCGAGUGACACCGUUGCUCGCAGUGGUUGUUCUUCUCCAAGCCACGUACUACAACACUGUUGUAGACGGGCCUCAUUGGGUCCAAGUUUCUAAUUGGACAGACAGAUGCAGGAUCAAUUGGUGGUCGACAAUAUUUCAUGUGCAGAAUAUAGUGAAUCCUAGGAAUAUGUGUGUCCCUCAUUCCUGGUACGUCGCUAUUGACUUCCAGCUUUACGUAUUAUCUCCAAUAAUCCUCUACUGGGUCUUUUCUGGCAAGAAACACAUGGCAUGGGCGGCUCUAUUAGCUGGAUUACUAUCGGUGAUUGUAGCGUCCACUAUAUUUAGUUUCCAUAUCGCUGUACCAGCUGGUACCCUUGUUCCGAGUCGGCCUAAUGACAUGUGGGACUACUUAGCGUUGUAUUACUUCAACACUCUCACUCGAGCUUCCCCAUUCUUCGUUGGGCUUUUGUUUGGAUAUGUACUCCAUCUCUACCGCAAGGAAAAAAUGCAAAUUCCUUGGUUCGUGGCCAUCUUUUUCUGGCUCUGCGCCGCUGGAGUAGUAGCAGGCAUUGCUUACUUUACAUACUGUAUCAAACAAGUAGACUGGGACAAUCAGCAAUGGGAUAACAUCAUGAAUUCUUUCAUGAGACCGGUGUAUGCUGUGGCUUUAUCGUGGAUGAUUAUCGCCUGCGUUCAUGGCUACGCAGGACCGAUCAACUGGCUGCUGUCACUUGACAUGUGGAGGAUGCCUGCUCGUUUGACUUACGGAAUUUACGUAUUCCACUUCGGUUUGAUGACUACCCUCAAUGCUUCUGCAAUAACACCUUUCUAUUUUAGUGUACCCAGAGUUGUGUUCAAGUUCCUUGCACAUAUGACCUUGGCAGUACUUGUGUCAUAUUUCUUCACACUAUUAGUCGAUACUCCAGUGUCAGUAUUAUUCAAAUUGCUUAUGGAUGCCGCAGCUAAGAAGAAUAAACCAGCCGCAAAAGAUCAGAAAAUUGAAGAUAACACGAAAAUCGACGAAAAACCUGCGUUGAACCAAAAUAUUGAAAAAAUUGAAGGUUCAAAUCCUGAUCUCAAUAAAGUAGAUGAAAAUAAUUUAAAUGAUGUAGAAAGUGAGCCAGUUGCAGUUUCCAGUGAUAUUAAGGAAGAACCUAAUGUCGUUCGUGUAUCUGAUACUGGAGUACAUCUAGAUGCCAACGUACCUGAUGCUAAAUGUGAAGCCGUAAAGAUGACGACAAAAAAUAUUUUACUUUUAAUUUUAGUUGAAAUCAUAUCAUUAACUUUAGUCAGUGGCCAUCUUAAUUUACCGGUAAGAAAUGAAGGUUUCGAUAGUGCUUUAUAUGAAGAAGUAUUGGACGAAGAGCUAUGUGAAGAACAAUUAGGUUUUAUCGGAAACAAUACUUUAUUGGCAGCGUUUUUCGCUGAUGCUGGCUUUAGAAUUCCGAAAGGUAUUUUGGAGUUUAACAAUUUAGAUUUGGGAAACUAUCAUCAAUGCAUUGGUUUGAAUCAGCAGCUACCAACUUCUGAACUUCAAGGGAAGUACUGUAUGAUACGAGUGCCUUUAGAUCAAGAAUUUAACUUCCCAAUCAGUUAUGGAGACACCAGUUUUGAUCCAAAGCUGUUGUCUUCGAAUGAAAUGAAAAAGAUUUUGGAAGAGAACGACGCAAUAAGAACAGAGAUGCUUGCGAUGUCAGGGGUGCAUAGAAGUAUUUCCCCAGAGAGCCCGUUUUCCAGUUUGGUACUCAGACUGGCUGUCUGCAUUCCACAAUCAUGUACGACUAAGCAGGCCUUGCAACUUUUUGAUGCCCUAGGUCUCCAGUAUACAGACGAAUACUGCCGUUUGCCUAAUGAUAAACCUUGGGUACCAGCCGAUACAGUCGCUGUAGUUGCAUUUUCAAUUAUCGGGUUAUUAACCAUACUGAGCACCUCUUACGACGUUUGGCAAACUGUGAUUCUGAAAAAUGAUCCUAAAACAGUGAGUGUUUUGGGCACCGCUUUUUCGGUGUACACAAAUGGUCGUCGCGUCAUGACGUUCACUUCAUCUAGUGGCAAUAUUGAAUGUUUGGAUGGAAUCCGAGCCUUAGCAAUGGCUUGGGUAUUACUCGGCCAUACAUUUUCCACAGAGACGACAUGGCUUAAUCCAAUGGACACUGGCGUGUGGGUGUCAUCAUGGCAAAGCAUAUGGAUUGUCGGCGCGCAUGUAACCGUGGACACAUUUUUCACUUUAAGUGGUUUCCUCGUUGUUUAUACCACAGCUGGAAAGUUUACUGGAAAACAAUUGAUCAAGAACGUUCACUUGUUUUGGCUGAACAGACUACUACGCAUGUUCCCGUUGCUAGCCACAGUGGCGCUAUUAGAAGCUUCGUUUUUGAUGCGUUUUGGUGAUGGCCCACAAUGGGCCAUCGUGGCUGAUCAUGCAGAAAGAUGUAGAACUAAUUGGUGGUCUACACUGUUGUACAUACAGAACUAUAUGAAUCCUUUGUAUACGUGCAUUGGUCAGACGUGGUACUUGGCGAUAGACGUCCAACUGCAUAUCCUAUCUCCCAUACUCCUUUUCUGGGUACUAUUGGGGAAUAGGAGGAUCGCCCUGACGUCACUGUUUGGUGGUUUAGUAGCUAUCCUCGCAGCUUCUACUGCAUACAACUUCAUCAAUGAUUUUCCACCUUAUAUGGCCGGGCCAAGGACGCGAGAUUACUUAGUGAACUACUAUGUGAACACUCUAACGAGAGCGUCAGCAUUCUUUGUCGGCAUGAUAUUUGGAUACUUCGUAAGGACGAUUAAAAUUAAAAUGCAAAAGUGGCAAGUAGUCUGUAUCUGGGUGGCAGCGUUAUCUUUGUCUACUUUCAUCAUGUAUACUAAUUACCCGACCAGACAACCCGGCUUCACUCAGACCUCAUCCAACCUCUUCAACUCUUUUAUCAGACCGUUAUGGGCACUUUUCAUUGGCAGUAUUAUAUACAUGUGCGUGAAUGGCUAUGGAGGUCCGAUCAACUGGUUCUUAUCGUUAAGUGUAUGGAAGAUACACUCUCGUCUGUCAUACGGAAUGUAUCUUUUCCACUCUGCAAUGAUGUUCGCUAUCAAUCAUAGGGCAAUAACGCCAAUAUAUUUCAGUGUUAGUGCGAUGGUGUUCAAGUUCCUGAGUCACUACACACUUUCUUUCAUCGUUACGUUUAUUGCAGUAUUACUUAUAGACGCACCGUGCUCCACUUUAUUCAAACUAUUAUUAGGAGGAGGCGUCAAGAAACCUCAAAAGCAGGAAACGGAUGUUGAAUCCUCGAAGAAAGAAGCCUUAGAAUAAACUUUGUAAAUAAUUAGUAUAUAAUAAGAUGGAUACUAUUUAGAUAUUAUUGUAAAUAUGAAUAAUUUAUUACUUUACUCACUAUAUGAUUGCAGGGCACAGGCCGCUACUCAUGCAAUCAACCUACCUCAAUUAAUAAACAAGUUAAAAAAUA